AUGGGCAGCAUAGAUCACUACACCGCCGCAAAGCUCAUCGCAAUCCCCACCGCCUUCUUCCUUUCCGGCUACGGCAGCGGCUUCUCCCAAAACUCCGUGCCUCUACUCUACACCCAGCCGGCCUCGGUGUCGGCCUCGAUCCUCGAAGGCAUCUACAAAAACGGCGCCAAAGUCAUGGCCCCCGGCGUCGUACUCAGCACCACCGCCUUCGCCUACCUCGCCUACUACGCCAAAUCCCGGGCCGAGCGGAAUCUGUACGCCGCUGCCGGGGGGUUGGUGCUCAGUACGCAGCCAUGGACUUUGGGCGUUAUGCUGGGCGGGAUCCAGCGGUUGGGGGCGAUUGCGAAGAGUGCCGUUGAGCAGCAGAAGGCUGAUGCUAGUGGGGAGGCGGUUAGGUUGUUGCAGGGUUGGGUGUGGCAGAAUUGGGUGCGGGCGGUGUUGACGGCUAGUGGUGGGUUGGUGGGGUUGUAUGCGCAGCUGUAUUAA